AGUAUCAUCUGUGUUGUGUUGUUGUUUGGUUUUUUUUUCUAACGUGUGUGAAUUUGAUGUUUUGACAAGCAACUUUGUCUCUGUUAUAUUUUAUAUUUUAAAAAGUGUGCAUGUUUGAAAUCAUUAAUAAUUAAUUAGCAAGAAUAAGUUUAAUUUAUAGGGUGAUAAUAAUUGAAAAUAAUAUAUGCUUGUAUAUAAUGUUCAUCAAAAUGGACGCCGAGUUAGUGAAUUAAAUUACAAAAAAAUAAAUGAUGAAAUAAUAUUUUUACUCCAAUUUCAUUAUGAUAAGAAAAAAAAAACUUCUUGGAAUUAUUAAUCUACAAGCCAACUAAAUCGUAAUCAACUGGAAAUAUUAAGGAAGGUCAAGAUAUUUCAUUGACAAAGAAAAAAAAAAAUAAAAAAUAAAAAAAAAGAAACGAGCAGUCAUCGUCCGGUAAAUAAAUAAAAUCAGUUAGAUAAAAAAAAAAAAAUAAAAUAAGAAAAAUAAUAAUGGAUCCCACGAGUGUCUCAAUCAGUUUCUCGGAAGGCAGUGCCAGCGAAAUACAGGGUACUUCCGGUAUUAAAAUAGCUCACAAUAUAAUUUUAACAAAUGGAAUAUUGUUAAAAUCAAAACUCCAUAAAAAUAAUAAUUUACUUGAAUUCAUUAAAAAUAUAAAACCCAAUGAAUUAUUAAACAUUACCAAUGACGAUUUACGUGUACGUAUAAUGUCACCAAUAAAAAAUUUGCAAAGCAAUAAUAAUAUAAAUGAAAAAAUAGGUGAAAUAAUAUACACAUGGCGUUGUCCAUUGCUUGCUGAUACAAUUGAUACAUUAUUUAACAGUUGGAAAUUCAGUGAAAAAUAUAAUAGCAUUGAUAAAAUAUUAUUAUCAUGUUUUUUAAUAAUUUCCAUAGAUAUUCCCCAAGAUAUUCAAAAGAUAAAUGUUAAUUAUAUUAAUAGCUGUUUGAAUAAUUUAUUGAGUACAUGUUUGAUGAUUGAUCAGCCAAAUAAAGGUGAUAAUAUAUUAAUUGAAUCAACUCCAUUUGGUAAUCCAGUAUUUAUCGAUUCAAUAUCAUGUGGUAUUGCCAGCAACAUUUUGGGUAUACAACAAUGUCUUGUGCUAACAGACGCAACGGCUGUUCCUGGAUGCGAAGGUGGUCCUGUUUACGUCAUAAAAAAUAAAAAAAAUUUUUUUUUUGGAAUUGUGAUUGCUCCAAUGAGCUGGUGUCGUGGUGAGUGGGUUGAAUACACUCUUGUCGCGUGUCUAACAAUUUGUUUAUCAACAAUUUUAAAUUACAAAAAAAAAGAUAUAAUACAAAAAAAAUUUAUUGAUAAUAAAGAUAUCCAAUUAUCUGAAAUUUUAGAUAAAAAUGUUGUGCUAAUAAGAUGUGGUGCUGAAUGGGGAAGUGGAAUUUUAUUAGAUAAAAAAACAGGAACAAUAUUAACAUGUUCACAUGUUGUCAGUCAAGCACCUGAACAACGUAUUAAAGUUGUUCUCCAUGAUGAUAAAACAAUAAUUAAAAAAAAUAUUUGGGCAAAAUUAAUUUAUCGUACACCAAAUGGAUUGCCAUAUGAUAUUGCUGUGUUAAAUAUUGAUUCAAGUGUCAUAGAUCCCACGUUGAGAUCAUUGACAAUUGCCAAUGACAAUGCUAAAAAAGGUGAAACAGUUAUUGCUGCUGGUUUUCCAUUUUUUUCAUCAACAUUACCAACAAUAACACGUGGUAAUAUAUCAAGUGUAUCAAUAAAUAUGAUACAAACCACCUGUUGUGUACAAAGUGGUGCUAGUGGUGGACCUAUUGUUCGUCCAUCAACUGGUGAAUUACUUGGUAUCAUUGUUUGUAAUGUCAUAACAUCAACAACACUUUAUCCAAAGCUUAAUAUGGCUAUUCCUGCUUCAAUUAUCAAAGGACCAAUCGAUGAGUACAUCAAUACUGGCUGUGUUAAAGCACUCGAGUCACUAACAAGCCAAGAAAUAUCAACAGAAAAAGCAUGGAAUUUUCAUCUUCCAUCAAAAAUAUAAAAAAAAAAAAUUAAAAAUCUUUUAAAAAAAUUAUUUCUUCAACAGAUUUUCUAAAUAAAAAAAGUAAAAUUGAGUCGUUUUUUUUUUAACUACAGUAUAAUAUUUAUUAAAUUUUUAUUUUUUAUUGAUGAUCAAGAAAAAAGAUGAUUAUCUACUUCCUUUCUGAUUUCCAUAAUUGUUAGUUAAAACUUCCACAAUAAUUUAUUGCCUGAGGUAUGUACCCUGAAGAAGAAGAAAACAUUGAAGUUGUUUUGUAAUUAUCUUUGAACCCUAUAACGUCAUUGUUUAAACUGUUUUUCUAUUUAUUUAUUAUUAAUAGCUUGUUUAUCAUUUUAACAAUUUACGCAAUUUACA